AUGCUCGCGACCCGUCUGGCAAGGCGUGCAGUGUCCUGCUCGCGCCUUCGCGCUUCCGCACAGCAGCAGCGAGCACUGUCCUCAACGCCACCGCCUCGUCCUCCUCCUGACCACCACGACGCAAUUGGUCUUCCCCCGCCACCGCACGUUGAGGAAGCGCGCGAGCCAGAGGCAGAAACUCAUGAAGCUGCUGAGAAGCAUGACGAGAAGCCGCAACCUGUUGAAGACAAGGGGCCAAGACGCCCAAUUGACUUCUUUCCCGACAUCGACGAACCGGAUGCGACGACUAUGGCUGUCGCUCGUGUGCCGUUACCAAAUCCGUUCCCGGGAGAUUCAUCUGCGCCCCGCAAGCAGCGCCGCCACCCGUUCAACACAUAUACCUUUGUGACCGUGCUCGAGAAGGCGUCCGUGCCCGAAGGAACCGCCAAGACGCUCAUGGUCGGCACUCGCCAACUAUUGAACCAGCGUUCUGAGCGCGCCACCUCGAACAUGCUCAGUAAGGAGGAGCUGGAGAACGAGGCGUAUCUGUACAAGGCUGCGCUGUCGAAGCUCCGUACCGAAUUCGAGGUGCGCAACCGUAACGCUGGCAUUGCUGCACGAAACGCUGUGACUGCUGUGCGGCGUGAGUUGGAGAGCGUGGACCAGCGCAUGGCAGAGAAUGUGCAGGUCUUAAAGCAUGACAUUGAGCUGGACCUGAGCACGACAAAGGACGAGACUAGGGCCGGCUUGAAGUCGUUCGAUAUCCUGAUCGAGGAAAUCAACAACCGUGCUACGAUCUCCGUUGGAGACCUCAAGACUGAGAUUGAGAGCGCCAAGUGGGAGGCCACGCGCAGGGCUAUUGCCAUUAUUGUCGUCCUCGUCAUCUGCGGCGUUGGCAUCUCCAACUUGACUAUUGGUGAUCCUCACGUGGACCCGCCUCAACCCAAGGUUGAGCCUCCACCGCUGCCCAAUGUCACAAGAGACGUUGGCGUCGGUACUGACGACGACUUCGAUUACGAGGCGCGGAUAGAGAAGCUUCUCUCCUCGGCAUAUCCAGCUGAGCGAAAGGAGAGGAAGGAGCGCGAGCGGCGGGAGCGGCGCAAGUCCGAGCCGGAGAUUUACGUCGACCGCAUCUGA